AUGGCAACAGGCGCCAGGCGACAGUUUCCCUUUUGUGACUUUGUCCAGGGACGACCCCCAGCAGCCCCCUCGGAGCUGGCAUUCACGUCCCCUGGGCCCCAGGUGCCUCUGGCCACCUGCGGCCCCGCGGAGCUGCCCGGAGAAGCAAACUGUUCCUACUUUAAAUUCUUCACCACGGGAGAGAAUGCGCACAUCUUCCAGAGAACCACAAAGAAAGAGGUGAAUGUGGCAGCUGCGGUGAUAGCCGUGCUGGGCCUGGUAGUCAUGGCCUUGGGGUGCCUCUGUAUCAUCAUGGUGCUCAGUAAAGGUGCAGAGUUCCUGCUCCGAGUUGGAGCCAUCUGCUUUGGCCUCUCAGGCCUGCUUCUCCUGGUGAGCCUGGAGGUGUUCCGGCAUUCCAUGCGAGCCCUGCUGCAGAGGGUCAGCCCCGAGCCUCCCCCGGCCCCGCCCCUGGCCUACGAAUACUCCUGGUCCUUGGGCUGCGGCGUGGGGGCCGGCCUGAUCCUGCUGCUGGCGGCCGGCUGCUUUCUGCUGCUCACGCUGCCUUCCCGGCCCUGGGGGUCGCUGUGUCCCAAGCGGGGGCACCAGGCCACUUAGAGCCAC